AUGCCGGUUGAUUGCCAAAGAAAAACAUGUGGUGGAAAGGGAAAUAUGGGUAUGUUCUACGAAAGAAGUCCGAAUAUCUGUGCUGCGGGUUUACCUACCCAGCAGCCUGAUGAACGUGUACAAGAUUCUCUGCAGCAUUAUCUUCUGAAGGAUGAAACGGAUGCCUUGAUUAGUGAUGCAAUUAUCCCAAGCAAAAAACCGCGGCCACUGCCUCCACUUCGUCGCCCCAUGCCAGUGGACAAGCGUUUUGCUGGCAUGUUUGGUGAAGUACCCGAGCUAGUAAAUCCACCUUCUAAGUCUAAAUUCCAAACGCUUGUCGAUGAUUUUAAAUCUACAGCUUACUCAUCUUAUUGGAAAAAGCCUCUCGGGACCUUGCCUGACGCAGUACCUAUGUUGCCGGAAGGAUUCGAUAUUAAUACUACUUUCGGAAUGAAAACGCCUUUUCAUGGCCGCCUAUAUGACAUUGUUAUGCCCAAGGAACCAUAUCCAGAUAAAACUCCUGAGUCUAAAAAACCAGGUGUACAACUAGACUACAAAUAUUGUGAACCACCAUUUAAACCUCAUGUUACUUACGGUCAUAGAUGUAAUGUUGACAACAGAGGCAUUUUAGUAAAAUGUUGCCUCACAGACGAUAGAGUUAAAAUUGGAACCGCAAGCAGAGUGAUUAUUAACACUAUACAGUCAAAUUUUCAGAACACUAAUCAACCUAGAAUUGGGAAACAAUUAGCGCCUUACGAUAAUAUAAGUUGUGUACCGAAAGGCUAUAGUUUUGGCAAGUUAAAACCUCCAGAUAAUCUACCAGAGUGUCUCACCACUUGUGAUAUCAACCCAGAUCGUCAGAUCUUUUUAAAAUGUUUAAAACAUCUUAACACACUGCGUAAAUGUUUAUCAACACGUUUCUUGCCCACAUUUUAUCGUGGAUUUUAUUUAAAUUUAAAAUAUUUUGAUCAUGACAAAUCGGGCUGGCUUCCUAGACAAAUCGUGUAUGAUUAUUGUGGAACCAAAUUAAUCCGAUUUGAUCCCUCAUUGAUAGAGCCAUUAUUGUCUAUGUGGCAAGCUUUUGAUGGAACAAAAAUCAAAUAUAAAACUUUUGUGCAUAUUUUAAAUUUUAAAGAACCACUUCCCGAGAUGCCUAAAGUAACAGACGUACCACAAGAUUGUCUUGAUUUUCGAACAACCUAUUCUGAAAUGGUGAAACCAGACAAAGAACCUGAUAACAGCCCAAUGGCAGGUAUUCCGUCAGGUAGAUACUUUGAUUUAGAUUACCCAGUAACACCGAUUAAAUACUCUAAGGCUGAUCAAGCUUGCUUACCACAUGAAUCGGACAUGAAAUCUUGUUUAUGCCCUAGUGUGAUGACAUUGCUUACUGUAAACCAUCGUCACAUGUAUGCAAAACGUGAUCCAGAAAUUGUAAGGAGAGUUUUUGAAGCAAGUGGAGAAACUUUCACUGACGAAAGUUUCAAUGCCAUCUGGAAGGAAGCUGAAAAACUUCAUUCACAGGGCUGGGUUUGCUACGAAACAUUUCGCCGUGCUUUAGAGGGAAAGAAAAAGGACUCGAAGAAGACAAUUAAAUCUGUU